AGACUGGAGUGCGUCAGUAAGUAGCAGAGCUUCACGCUGACCGCGACUUCUCGAAGAGAGAGGACUGUACAAAAGUGAAAAAGUUACAUGGUCGUCGCUGACAGCGAGUGCUGGAUCUUAUCGUAGGAGGCGAUAAAUCCCAUUCAUCGCUUUGUUCAUGAUAAACUUGUAUUCAUCAAUCAAACAAGGAGGUUUGUUGAUUUUACAAGAAAUACUCCAAACCAGGAUGGCUAAGUGGACUCAAGCCAGCAGAGGGGGGUUUGGGGAGAAGGAAGGCAAGAGGGAUUAGGGGCUAAUCCUGGACAUGACAAAUCCUUAAAGAGCCUCACUCAAGACAUACUAUUGCCUUAGAUUAUUACAUCCUAAUUUAUUGCCUUUUAAAGACUCCUUUAUCUCUCGGGGGGGUUCCUGGAGAGUGGGCCGCUGGACUUGCGUAUCUCUUUAAACAAAGGAUCAGGAGUAGAGGCCAGUAGGAGUGGAAGAGCAUGAGGACCCAGUGGCUCCGCUCAGCAUAUGCAUGUGCAGGGAUAAAGCAGCGAGCCUGCCUGGAGGGUUUGGGAUUGAGCCAGACUCAACCAGCAGCAGGGUGCAAGGCUGAGGUCACUGAAUGAACUUGGAUUAAAAAAGCAAACAGUCACACUAAUUAGACUAAGGGGCUGAUUCAGAUCAUGUAGCAGGAGACCUUCUGGACCUUACUGAAGAAGGAGUACACUGUUUCAGUUCUUAACCACAGAGAUAUCUGCAGCCAGAGCUGAAUUUAUUUCUGAGCUGAUUUUUUUCUAAACCAGAAACCCAGAACAACUGUGAAGCCCAGAAUCUCUGACCGCAUAUGCAGCAGAGGUUUUCAGGAAUUGGAGUCAUGCAUAUUUUCAGCUCACAUUUAUCUUCACUGAAUCUUUCUGGAUAUGAGCAAAGACCAGUGGCAAAAACAGGACACAGCUGAAAGUGUCUACUUUUGAAAAACUGUAAUAAGAAACUUUCCACUCAACUGCAGCUUUCAGAGUCCUGAUGCAAGGGUGAUACGUCUAUAAUUUGCUGUACACCAUUUUCACAAUUUUUAUACAGGUUUUGUGUUGUGAACUGUAGUACCUACGAUUUCUACCUGGAGAAGCCAUGAACUUGGGCAAGCUCUCUGGCCUGAAGGGCCUGGUGUCCCACUCCUCAGGAAAGCGUCGCUUUAAAGGUGACCUCACCCCGGACAUGAUAAGCCCCCCGCUGGGCGACUUUCGCCACACCAUGCACGUGGGCCGCGGAGGGGACGUGUUUGGGGACACCUCAUUCCUCAGCAACCAUGGUGGAGCAGGAAAUAAUGCAGAUGGAGACACUUCCUCCACCUCGGAGAAGAAUGAAGGAUUCUUCUCUCGCACACUUCGCCAUGUCCGCAAGACCCCAGACAGGCCCCAUGGUGGCUCCAAGGACCUGUCACCCCCACCUCCACCCAUUUCUCCAAUCAUUAAGAAUGCCAUCUCCCUCCCCCGUCUGGAUGUGGACUCACCCAACGGUUGUCCAGUUAAAGUGCUUUUCCCUAGUUCACCGAAGACACCAGAGAACUCCACAUACUUUUAUGGUUUGGAGUCUGGCUUUGUCACCUUGCCAAGGCUGUCCCGCACUGAGCGCCCAGCCCAGGGCAGCUCUCCCCCAGCCUGCCCUCCCGAAAUCAUCCGAGGCUCACUCACAGACACUGGUGUCCCUUCCUUUCCCUGUUUAGACUCGGUCAGUCCCUCUGACUCCAUGAACUCUUUCACCCUCGAUCUGGGACCAUCGCUUAUGUCUGAGGUCUUUGCCUUGAUUGACAGCCCUGUGUCUGAAAAGGGCGAUCCUAUCAGUGAAGAGACACAUGGAUUGACCGAUGAUCUGAACUCUGAGGUGGACUCUGAUGCUACCACAUCCUUGGUGGACUCCCUCCUGCGAGAAGACGAUGAUGGUAGGACGAGGUUGUAUGGUGGAGACUGGAAGCAUUUAGACUUUGUAAAUGGUGAGUCGCCAAAAAAAUCCAUGGUGACAGAUCUGAUGUUCUCCCACGCUGUUGAAGAUCAUGGCAUGGAGCCAGAGAGUUUCAAGAGGGCUACUGAUGUGCUGGCACGUCAUUAUGGGAGUGAAGCACUCAGGAAUACAAACACCAACAAUUCUCACAGGGGAGGACCAUACACAUAUCCUGAUGAGGAAGAGGAGAUCAAAGUCUGACACUAUCAGAUGCCCACAUCAUAAAGCAAUUUUAAUCAUGUUUCUAAAUUUAGUAAUGACAAAUUAAAUGGAUUUUGAAAAUUUAUUUUUUACCCCUACUUUCAUGCAGAUUUGAAGAAAGUAUUACAUAUGGAAAUUCAUCAGAAAGAACAGAAAUGUAAGUGAAUCUACGAGGAUGUUUUGACAACUGGAUAGUGCUACAUGUUGUUGGUCAGGACCAUGGGAUAUGGAAGAGAUGUCUAAAUUCUAGGUGUGUUUUAUGUUUGCACAGGGAUACAUUUAUAUGGAGAGUAUGAAGAGUACUUAAAGGUUUAGUUCACCCAAAAAUGAAACUUUUCUCAUGAUUUACUCACCCUCAUGCCAUCCCAGUUUUUCUUUCUUCUGCAGAAUACAAAGUUUUUAGAAAAAUAUUUCAGCUCUGUAGGUCCUUACAAUGCAUGUGAAUGGUGACCAACACUUUCAAGCUCCAAAAAUCACAUAAAGGCAGCAUAAAA